AUGCAUCUCCUCUUCCUUCAGCUGCUGGUGCUCCUGCCUCUGGGGAGGGCUGCUGGGCCCUGGGUCGGCCGCCAGAGCCAGAGUUCUGUUUCCCUUGUGCUCCUGGAAAGGCACCGCAGAGAGCUCUCCAUGGGCAACCACGAGGAAGGUGAGGAGAAACCAGAUCUUUUCGUAGCGGUGCCGCACCUGAUAGGGGCCAGCGCGGCGGGGGAAGGCCAGAGGCAGAGAGAGAAGAUGCUGUCCAGGUUUGGCAGAUUCUGGAAGAAGCCCGAGAGAGAGCGACGCCCAACUCAGGACCUGGUCAGUGAGCAGUUCCCGCCUGGGUCCCAGGGCCUCGCUCAGCCAAAGGAUGGGAUGCCAGUGGAGAAAUCUCCUCUGCGGGAAGAAGCCAAGAAAUUCUGGCACCACUUCAUGUUCAGAAUGAGUCCAGCUUCUCAGGGGAUCAUCUUGCCCAUCAAAAGCCAUGAAGUGCAUCGGGAGACCUGUAGGACAGUGCCCUUCAGCCAGACUAUCACUCAUGAAGACUGUGAGAAAGUGAUUGUACAGAACAACCUUUGCUUCGGAAAAUGCGGGUCUGCUCGUUUUCCUGGAGCUGCGCAGCACCCCCACACCUUCUGCUCCCACUGCUCGCCUGCCAAGUUCACCACGAUGCACUUGCAGCUGAACUGCACUGGCCUUGCCCCCGCAGUCAAGGUUGUGAUGCUGGUGGAGGAGUGUCAGUGCAAGGUGCAGACAGAGCACCAGCAUGGACACCCCGAACAGGCUGGCUUUCAGGCAGACUUCCAUGUCCAGGAUCCCUUUAUCCCAGGACUUUCAACUUAAAAAAGCUAUUCCACUACUGUCAGCAAAGUUGCUGAUUAUUCAGUCUGAAAUGUUGAGUGGGUAUAUAAUAUUUUAAGGGAAAGUUUGUUUACGACAUCGCUGUGAGAACGAUUUAGAGGUCAUAGUAUUUAUUCAUCUAGCUCUCUGUACACACUUGGCAUCUGGUCUUGGCUCUGCCACUAACUAGCUAUAGGAUGUUAACAAGUUAUAGAAGCUUUUUCCACCUUAAGUUUUUCAUCUGGAAGUGAGGGACUUGAAUUAGAUGAUUGCUAAGGUCCUUUCCACUACUAAUAUUAUAUGGUCCAUU